CUUAUUUUCCCUCAUCUUCUAGCCCUAUUUUGGUUAAACGGUCUAUAUUAGCAGAGGAAUUCCUUCUAGGAUUUCCCUGACUCGGGCUCCAUUAAUCUACCAGCCAUGGGAGACUUUGGCCCGGCCGUGCCGGCCUCCGAUGCGGAGGUACCUCGUAUCGCUCCAUCACUCUCGACAGAUCCCGAUGAAAUCUCGGUGUUGGUCACUGGGUUCGGUCCAUUCAAGACCAACAUAGUCAAUGCCUCGUACUUGAUUGCUUCGUCUCUGCCAGAGUCGGUUGACCUUCUCUCGGCCAGUCCUUCGGAAGGCUCACUUCGUCGAAUAUCAAUACACGUUCAUCCCUCGCCCAUCCCGGUCGCUUACUCUACAGUGCGGACAUCUGUUCCAACCAUCCUAGAGGAUUAUGCCAAGUCUCAUGGAGGUCGACGACCAGAUAUAAUACUCCAUAUUGGAAUAGCGGCAACAAGAUCAUACUAUUCGAUCGAGACACAGGCGCAUCGAGACUCCUACCAUCUGUCCGAUGUCAAAGGCAGAAUUGGCUACGAAGAUGGAGAGAAGCUAUGGAGGGAGCUCCAACUCCCCCCAGUGCUCCAAGCAGGUCGUGCCGCGGAUCCUACCGGUGUACCACAGCCCUAUCUCCACCCCAAGCCGCCCAAUGAAGACUUUCUCAGCAUGUGGCAGUCCUUUGUACCCUCUGCAGAUAUCCGGAUAUCAGAGGAUGCCGGACGUUACCUUUGCGAGUUUAUCUUGUACACAAGCCUUGCACAAGCGCUGCAACAGGGCCAGCACCGAAACGUUGUGUUCCUCCACGUGCCCGGAUCUUGCAAUGAUGAGGAUAUUGAGAAAGGUACAGGUGUCGCGGUCGGGUUGAUCAAAGCUCUUGCUACGUCCUGGGUCGGCGAAAAGGUAUAGAACCGUAUUUGGAUUGCUGAUAUCUUUUUGGAAAGCACGGGCAAGGGCAUUGGGCGAUAUAUAUGCUUGUAUUACUAUAGCAUGAUGCACUGUCUGGUUUCUAAGUUGGAUAUCCGUCACUACAUACCUUCCGUUGUCUAGAACUUUGGGGACCGUCGUUCCCGAUAUACACGUUUAUCUUGGAGUUGAAUAUAUAUAUACCGCUAUUUACCUCCCAACAGCAA